CCCAGCCUGCUGCUGCGUCCUCACACUGGACUGCACCUCCCAAAAAAACAGCAACAAAAAGAGGAUUUCCCGCCACAGGAGGAGCAGGAUUUCCUCUUCUUUUGGCCUCACUGGAAGAUCUUCAUCUCUUAGGCCAUGGAAGCCGUACUAGGAUUGGGACAUGCUGGUUGGAACUCCCUCUCCCCCUCUGGAUGUCCUCUUAAGGCUCCAAAGACCAGCGUCCUCUGGCUACUGUGGACUCUGCUGACCCACGUGUGGACUUUCAACUUGGAUACUACUCACACCUUGCACAAACUGGGCGACCGUGGGACCUUUUUUGGAUUCUCUCUUGCACUUCAUCAGCAGCUUACACCAGAACCUCAAAGCUGGAUCCUGGUGGGGGCGCCGCAGGCAGCAGGUCAGGGUCCCUUGAGGGGAAGUCGACCGGGAGCCCUGUUCAAAUGUCCAAUCACACCAGAGGAGUAUGACUGUGAGAGGGUGGACAUUGAUGGUGAAGUGAGUCUAAGCAGAGAGAGCAAAGACAACCAAUGGCUGGGAGUCACCGUCAAGAGUCAGGGCAUUGGGGGCAAGGUUGUGACUUGCGCUCACCUCUACGAGCUCAGGCAGCGUGUGCACCAGCCCUCGGAGACACGUGACCCCAUUGGACGCUGUUAUGUCCUGAGCGAAGACCUGACGGAGCGAGAUGACUUGGACGGAGGGGAGUGGAAAUUCUGUGAGGGUCGGCCGCAGGGUCACGAGCAGUUUGGAUUCUGUCAGCAGGGUCUUGCCGUCAGUUUUACCCCAGACAACAACUUCAUUCUGUUUGGGGCACCCGGGACCUACAACUGGAAAGGAGAAAUGCGCGUGCAGCUGCUAAACCAGACUCUGCUCGACCUCGGUUUCUAUGACGACGGACCCUACGAGGUGGCAGAUCAGAAACAGCUAAAUGCCCAGCUCAUCCCUGUGCCCUACCACAGUUAUCUGGGCUUCUCUGUGGACUCGGCCGUGGGAAUAAUGAACCUGGGGGAGCUGACCUUUGUGGCUGGCGCACCCCGGGCCAAUCAUACAGGGGCGGUGGUGCUGCUACGUAAAGACAAUGUCUACCGCUUGGUACCGGAGCACAUUUUCUGGGGGGAGGAGCUGGCUUCUUCCUUCGGAUACUCAGUAGCGACCACCGAUCUCAACAAUGAUGGCUGGACAGACCUGAUUGUGGGUGCUCCCAAUUUCUUCGACCGCAAAGCAGAGAUCGGCGGCGCCGUCUACGUGUACCUCAACCCCUUUGGUCACUGGGACGAUCAAGCUCGGCCCAUCCGUCUCAACGGGACGUAUGAUUCCAUGUUUGGCAUGACGGUUAGCAACAUUGGCGAUCUGGACCAGGAUGGAUACGGAGAUAUCGCCGUUGGAGCGCCAUUUGAUGGAGAUGGCAAGGUUUUCAUCUACAGGGGUUCAGAUGCGGGGAUUGAAACAAAACCUGCUCAGGUCCUGGAUGGCCGAGACUUUGACGUGAGGCGAUUUGGCUACUCUAUCUCAGGUGGUCUGGACAUUGAUGAGAACCACUAUCCAGACAUUGCGGUGGGCUCCCUCAAUAAUUCAGUGGUGCUCUUCAGGUCUCGUCCAGUCAUUCACGUGAUCCGGGAGAUAUCUAUUGACCCGCAGUACAUUGAUCUGGCCCAGUACAAUUGCAAGGGCAGGGAUGGAGUCUGCAUCGAAGUGAAGGCCUGCUUCAUCUUCACUGCCCACCCAGUCCACUACUCACCUCACAUAACCCUGGUGGUGCGAUUCGAAGCCGACACCGAGCGCAGGAAGUUGGGCCUGCCGCACCGUGUCAACUUCCUGGGUCGCAGUUCCCUGGAACCCGAGUACACUCAGACCGAGGAAGUGGAAUUGCAUCGCCAGAAGCACCCGGCGUGCACUACUGCUGUUUUCCAGCUCCAUGAGAACAUCCGAGACAAGCUCCGCCCCAUCUCCUUGGCCAUAACCCACACCAUCAAACCCGUACCUCCUCGCAGGCACUCUGCAUCCAAGAGGCUGGAAAGACUGCCUCCUGUGCUCAAUGUGUCCCCCUCCAACACGCUGCACUCAGAGGUGAACUUCCUACGUGAAGGAUGCGGCGCUGACAAAAUCUGUCAGAGCAACCUAAAGCUGAGCUACCGCUUUGGAACACGACCCCUGACCUCUGACGUUUUCACCCCCCUGCCAAAGGACGAGGAUGACAUCCAGGUGUUCUCCUUGUCCGACCAACGCCUUGUGGUGCUGGAGAUCACCGUCACCAACAUGCCCUCUGACCCUCUAAACCCCGAGGAGGACGGGGACGACGCCCAUGCCGCUCAGCUGCUCAUCUCACUUCCAAAAACUCUGUCCUACUCCGGCUCCAGGGUGCCCUCCCAGAUGAGGUGUCAAGCCAACCAGAAUGGCUCUGAAGUUGAAUGCGACCUGGGGAACCCCGUCAAACGAAACACUAAGUUAAAAUUCUCCAUCAACCUGAGCACGGCCAACAUCACCAUUGAAACCACCGAGUUGACUGCCGAUCUCCAGCUGACGACAAUCAGUGAGCAGCCUGGCUUGGUGCCAAUCACUGCAAUGGCUAAAGUAGUGAUAGAGCUCCCCCUGUCUGUCAGUGGGCUGGCGCGUCCUCACCAGCUGUUCUUCAGCGGGACCGUUAAGGGCGAGAGCGCCAUGAGCAGCCUGGAGGACGUUGGCAGCCCUGUUGACUUUGAAUUUGUGGUGGCCAAUCAAGGGCAAGCUUUGCAAACACUAGGCUCCGCCUUCCUCAACAUCCUGUGGCCUCAUGAGUUGGCCAACGGGAAGUGGCUGCUGUACCCGGCCAGCUUGAACUUCGAGGGUCAUCCGGCUUCUCACUGUACUCCCGCGGGCGCCGUCAACCCGCUGGGUCUGCACGAACCCUCGCCUGUGGAACCUCUGCAGGCUGUCAAUCACACGACUGGACGAACACGCCGCUCCCACCCGGACCACGAAGGUGAAGAGAUGACUAAAGGCAACGUGAGGCGCACCUCUCCUGCUGUGGCCGCUUCAGAGAGGCGCAAGUCACUUAAACUGGAUUGUCACCUGGGGUCGGCACGCUGCGUUCUCUUCCAGUGUCCCCUCCACAGCUUCUCCGGUCAGGCGGUGCUCAGCAUCCACGGCAGGCUGUGGAACAGCACCUUCAUCGAGGAGUUCCCAACAGUCAGUGCUCUGGAGCUACUGGUCAGCGCAGAAAUCACCGUGAAGUCCACCAUCAAACAUUUGGUCCUCAAGGAUGCUGCUGCUCAGGUUCCGGUGAUGAUCUAUCCAGAGCCUGGUCUAGUGGACCAGUACUCCAUCCCCUGGUGGAUCAUCCUCAUCGCCGUCCUAGCAGGCAUCCUCCUCCUGACCCUGCUGGUCUGCAUAUUGUGGAAGUGUGGUUUCUUCCAACGGGCCCACCUCAAAGACAAGCUGCCUCAGUACCAUGCCGUGAAGAUCCCCCGCCAGGACCGCCCCCAGUUCCAGACGGAGAAGUCUGGCCUUCAUACAAAAAAGGAAUGGGCCACACACUGGAGCGACGGGACCUCAUAAGCCCUGCUCACCACCUUUACUAAAUGUGUCAUUUUGAUUGCAACUAAUGGACUAAAAUAAAUGUGCAGAUUGGCACCCCCUAGUGACAAAGAGGAUGUCACAGCGUGCCAUCAGUGUGUAUGGACACACGGACAAGUACUAGAAGAAUCAAUAGUGACGAUGGUGAAGAGGCCACUUCCUGUGGCAAGGACUAUGUUUUUUUUUGCCUCAAUUGCUGUAGGACUGACUACCCGUACGGGCUAUUUUUUUUAUACGACUGACGCCGCUUAGCUUAGUCAUGGGAAUAUGUGGCGUCAAGAUUUUAUUUGCCAACCGAACUUGUUUGAAACUUAUGGGAAAUGGCGUUCAAAAUUGACAAUAGCAGCGGUUUCCUGUGAUUUAGAAGCUUCCCGUCCAUUUUCUACAUGGCUUAUCCCAUUCAGGAAGCCGGAAUAGUGGGGGUUCAUCCUACGCCAGCUAUAUGAACCACUAUUGUACCAAUAGUGCCACCGCUCUUUAAGAACAUAUUGACUGUAUCAACGGAACUACAACAAGAGUUGCUUUCACACAGAGAUACUCCUACAUACUUGUACACAGAACCUAGCUCAGCUGGGUGCGCUUUCACACAGCUGUCCUGCAUUCAGGUAAUCAGUGUUUGGUGUGACUUAAGUCAACCAAUUGCUUACAGAACAACAGGAAGGGACAAUAAAGUGUUGGAUGUUAAACUGACAUAUUCUUUCACAGAGAUAGGCUUGGUGGAAAAUGACCAGGUUGACUUGGAUGUUUGGUGCCGUUUAUACAAAAUGACAACAUAGAAUAAAGAUGAAAAUGCCAGCUUUUGCAUGCUGUGUGAAAUUGGCAAAGUCAUCUACGGCUGCUAAACCUCACACCCCUGUCCCGGCAUUGUGGAAUUCCCUUACACACAGGUGUUGUCACACUUCUUUUAUGAUAUGAACUCAAAAAGUUGUUGCCAGGUUGACCUGCACCCUGUUUCGUCAGUGCUGUUUAUACAGAACAGUGACACAGAAGAAAGUCAUGAAAUGCCUGCUUUUGCAGGCUGUGUGAAAGGUGCUAUUCCUAUGAACAGCAAAGCUGCUUUCAACACAACAGGCUGGAAGAUUCAACUUUAUGGUUGCCAGCUUUUACAGACUGUGUGAAAGGGACUAAAGUCAUUUAUAGGUGCUAAACAUCACACUGCUGUCCCGGCAUUGUUGAACUCCCUUACACACAUAUGUUGUCCCACUUCUUUUAUGGCUCUGAUAUGAUCUCAAAAAGGUGUAAAAUUGCCAGGUUGACUUGCGUGUCAGUGCUGUUCAUAUAGAACAAGGACACAGAAAAAAGGCAGGAAAAAUGCCUGCUAUUACAUACUGUGUGAAAGGGAGCUAUUGCUUUUCAGUCAGUCAAGUCAAGUGUCUGGUGUGAAAGGGGCUAACCUAAAGUCCUUGAUUCAUAAGGAAAUCCUUUUAAUGUUCAGGGAUUAUUAUGCAACAUCAAAGCAAAAAAAAAAAAAAAACUACAUCUGUAAUGUUGAGUGACAGCUGUCAAAUAAGUGCAUGUUUGUUUGGACCCUUUUUCAACACUUUUCAACAAGUAAUCUUGCAACUUUGGGGUUAUUUAUCUCACACAUAGUGAUUCAAAUGUAUGAAUGUGAGAUAUUUUGUUUUUACUUUCAAUCCAAGACAAUACUGCCUUUGAAAAGAGGCACAUUUUCAUUUUUUAUGAAUGUAACUUUCAAGAGUUCAUCAAUAUUUAGUCCGCCGAUUGAGAGGUUUAGGGCCGUCAUGACUUGCUCAGUGCAUAUACGAGUAUAUAUGAUGAUUGGAUGUUUUUAACUGAGUUGUACAGCCAAAAAAGAAACUUUUGUGAGUGAUCGUAUCAACCUGCUUGUCACUAAUUGUGUUUGUUCAACAGACAUUGAAUUGCAUGCAAAGUGCCUUAAGCAUCCAAGCACACAUGCUGUGAGGUUGUGACAUCACGUGUUGGAUGGAUGGAUGACAUGGCGGCAAAAAGCAUGACGAGUCCCCCGCUUGUGUUUUUAGGCAUUGCUGGACAAUCUUCUUCAAUCCCUGUUAGCUGCAUGAUUACCCCCUCAGCCCCCGCCCAUCUCCCCCACUAAUGUCCUCCUUGUUCCACUGUUGCGAGUCAGCAAUUUAUUUAUUUUUGUGUGUGUUUGCAUUGUUGUAACAUUGUAAAUACAAAUUAAAGUAAACAAACUAAGACAUUAACAAAGUGUCUGCAAAUUUUACAACCUACAGUUCUCUCCUUCACCACUAGCGGGAGUCCUAACUCAUAAAUAGAUGACUAUAACGGGGCAUUUUGUGGACUUAUCUCCUAUACUGUUAAAUACAUACGUAGAUACAUACAAAUAAAAUAGAAUAUGCAGAUCUCAGGGAACUGCUACU